AUGCAGAUCUCCUUGAUUUCUCUGCUGGCCACUGGCGCCUCCCUCGCCUCAGCCGCCGCCAUCGCCCCUCCAGCGUCCAAUGCCACAGGCUGCACUUCUCUCUCCACUCGUAUCGAGUGGCGCAACUACUCUGACAGCGACCGCGAGGCCUUCGUAGAUGCCAUCGUGUGCCUGGCCAAGAAGCCCUCGGCCGGCGAACACUUCGCCCCUUCCAAGAGCCGGUGGGAGGACAUCACCAAUACCCACCAGAUACUCACCCACGCCAUCCACGGCAACGAGAUCUUCUUGCCCUGGCACCGUGCCUUCGUCUCGACCUUCGAGGCCCUGCUGCGCAACGAGUGCGGCUUCGACAGGGCACUGCCGUGGUGGGACGAGACCCUCGACGCCGGCAAGUUCAACGAGAGCAGCAUCUUCACCCCCGAGGACUUCGGCUCGCUGCCCCAAGGACGACAACGACAAAUUCUGCAUCACCGACGGCAAACCAUCUCCGCCGAGAUCACGACGGAUUACAUCAAGCGGUGCGCCCAGGUUGAUCAGAUCCGCCAGUUCACCGGGUGCCUCGAGACUGGAACCCACGCCUCCGGCCACAACGGCAUCGGCGCCGUCAUGGGGGACGUCUGGGCCGCCCCCGAGGACCCCACCCCCUUCAUGCACCACCUCUUCGUCGACGCGCAGUACGCCUCGUGGCAGGAGGGCGGCAGCGGCACGCGCAAGACCGCCGCGGGCCUCGCGGGUGGGUGUUACGACUGGAGUUACCCCUGUACGAGCCCCCUGGAGAUGGGUUCCGUCCUGAGCCUCAACGACCUCGUCCCCACGAACCUGACCCUGGCGGAUGUGAUUGACACCCGCGCCGGCUCCCUGUGCUAUGAAUACGACUACUACUUCUAG